ACGACUCCGACAGCCUCACUCUGGAGGAGGAAAGUGAACAGGGCGGGUCGGUCAACGUGGCACCAAAGGACCCCCCCUCCAACCCCCUGUAUUUACUAGUAACAGGCGUCUGUUUCCCAGCACUGAACCGUCCUGGCACACGGACUCUGACUAAAACAACAACUUCCCUCUACCUCGUCUAAUAAAUGCCAAGAGAAACACCAACACAAGCGCCAACAGAUACGGAUCGGCCAGAAGCGGAGACGAACGGUCGGACGUAAAGACACGAAGAACAAGAAAAAAAAAAAAAGCAACAAACGAGCGCGGAUCGUCGCCGUUGCCUUUCUCAAUGCAUACCCUUUGUGCCCGGGGAACGAUGAAACCAGAGAUCACCGCCGCCGUCGGAUUUCUGUCGAGAUUUCUGAGGGUAAAAGGACACGUAAACGAUCGACAGGUCCAAACAUUCAGCCAAAGCUUACAGGACAUUUUGGCAGAGCAAUAUAAGCACCACUGGUUCCCAGACAGACCCUGCAAGGGUUCAGGAUACCGCUGCAUCCGCAUCAACCACAAGAUGGACCCACUGGUGGGGCAGGCGGGCCAGCGCAUCGGCCUGACCAUCCAGCAACUCUACCUGCUGCUGCCCAGCGAGCUCACGCUGUGGGUGGACCCCUUUGAGGUGUCCUACCGCAUCGGCGAGGACGGCUCCAUCUGCGUCCUGUAUGAGUCGCAGCCCUGCCCCCCAGGAACGCCGGCCGGCGCCAUGGCCGGCUCCCCCUCAGGAAACAGCGGGCCAAUGAGCCCCAUGGUGGACAGUCACAUCAGCUGCAAGGAGGAACUGAUGGUGCUGGGCAGAACCAGUCCCUCCAAAGCCUACAAUAUGAUGACUGUGUCCAGUUAAAAAGGCACACCGUCACCCCCGGCCUACUUUUUUUUUGUUCAGGGUCACGCCAUGGCUGGUCAGAUCAUGUGACCAGGUCAGGGUGAGCCUUUUUAAAGCUAAGGUUAUGAAAUGAAAUAGUGAAAGAAGAAAAAAGCAAAAGAGAAAAAAAGCAGAGGAUGUGGCCUAUCGUCCAGGUGAUGGAAACCUUGUAGGUUUGAUAUUUUUUACCCUCUCUCCCCAUUAUCAUCUGUUCUGUUGUGUCAUUGGAUGAGCUGGGCACUCCAUUUUCGAGGAGAGGCUUUGUGGAAAUGGAACUGUUGGGGCAGCUAAACCAACCAACCAGGAACCGCUGUGGAGACUGGCUCCACCCCCUCCCCCCCUCGACUGUAAACAACAUGGUGAUCAGCUCCAUCUCUGAGGGGGCUCUCAUGGACUUUGCACUUUUCUUACUUGUGGUUACUAUGGGUACAUGUUCAACACCGCAAAAACACCUAAAUUGUAAGGAAUUUUUACCAGGAACUACCCCUCGAAUUUCAAAAUCCAGAGGUUAUUCAGCUUUUCAUAUGUUUUUGUUUCCUGGGUUUUGAUGGGGGAGUUGAAGUAUAGACCGAGCAUUUUCGCAGUCUGAGCUCGAGGUAAAGAAACGCCCAAUGACAGCAUCUCUAUUUUCUAUAAAAAAAAAAAACACCUUUUUGGACCACAGGGAAUUUUCUUUAUCUUGUAGCUGGAAAAUAAAAGAGCUUUGAGUCUUAACUUCUGCUCCCCCCUCGUCUACCAUCAGCACCGAGCUUCAGAAAACCCUCAUCUCGACCUGCUCUCGGCCUGUAUGUAAGUGCAAGUGGAAUGUGUUGUGACACCUGUUACCUAUGGAUACCAGUGUGUCCUGUUGCACUGUCGCCCUCCCAUCACCCAUGUAUGUGUAGCUUUCCGGGGGUGGAGGGAAGCUGGGGACCUGUCUCCUCUCACCUUUCCCUCAGUCAAUGAAUGUUGAAAUUCACAAUCAAGUUCCCAUGUUUUUUUUUGUUUGUUUUUUUGCCCCCUUUCCCUUCCACCACUGCGUCAUCUCCUGCAUCACCAAAAUUCAAAGUGUAGCAUAAAGGGGGGGCCUCUGUAACCCACUUUUUGGUCAUGUGGCCCUGUUAGAAUUGACAUUGAAUGCACUUUGACGUUAGAUUGUGUGGGAUGUGUACUUUUCUUUUUUUUGUUUUGUAGAGAAAAUCGCCUGCAUUCCAUCCAUUCGAAUGUCACCUUUUCACACCGUUUUUAUUGCCCUCCUCAUUUUUGGCCGUUUUGUUCAUACUGUAGCUCCCACGUUGAGGUAGACUGAACGUCUAUUGAAUCAGGAGCGUGCAACUCUGGAUUUCAAAAACCCUUAUUUUUACACUGUAUUUGAACAUUUCAGAGCUGUUUUGAUUUUUAGGUGGAGAGUAUUUUCUUGGUGGUAUGUUAGACGUUCUGUCAUCCGUUCAUUUGGCACUGUUUCGCUCUGGCAGGAUGCAGAGCUAAGCUGUUUCCCCCCUCAGACACACAGACGGUGAUUUGUGUUGCUGAUCGAGGAAAGUUAGCCUGAAAGGUCUGGACUAAGUGAUGACUGUGUGAGGCUUUGGCCAGAGGGAGGUCUGGAGCGCUGACUGUUCAGAGAUCAAUUUUAACUUGAAUUCACAAACAACACCAGGCCUUGUCAGCCUUUCUAUUUUCAUUUAGCUGUUUCCGAGGUCUUGCAGAAGGGAGAGACUUCUCCUCAUGUGUGCAUUGGAGGUGCAUUGCCUUACGGAAGACCUCAUUUGUCAUGAAUUAUGAGCCAUUUGUGAUUUUAAAUGUAAUAUCAGGCUUGCGUGAGCCUGCCUGGUUAAACCUGCUGCCCAGACCCUCACUGGAGGCGUCCUCCUUUCCAGCCUGGCAGCUUCAAAUCCUCCCCCCAUUACCUCUGCGGGGGUUCGGGGGGGUUAGAGUGCCUCAAGUGCCACAUAUCACCCCUCAGCUCAGACCUCCUGUUCAGCCAAGCCAGCAUGCUGCUAGCUGACCCCCUGUUGAUGCAGGUAGACUUAAUGUGACACAUAUCAUCAUCCAUCACCGUGGGGAGCUGGGUAAGGAAGGCAGGGACUGGGGGGGAGCUGGUGUGAGAGAGGAGGGGGGCCAGGGCCGGACUCUUUUUGUCCAGGGCAGCUAAAAUCCCUCCAGCCCCCCCACCUCUGGACUUAUUCAACAUCCCCCAUCCCUGACCAGAAGCCCUGGACGCUCCCUCAGCAGUGAUGGAUUUAAAAUAAAAACAAAACCAGCACACGCGCUUGGCGUGCUCAAGCUGCACUGGGGGAGGGGGGGGCUAGUGAGAGACGUGGAAACAUGGAUCACAGAUGAAGAAUUGAGGGUACGAGGCCAUUGUUUUCUGUUUUCAUCUCACUGGAUCGCGCUGCACCUGAUUACUGAGUUUGAGUGGCGACUUUGUUUACAUGCAUAUGAAAGGAUGUGAUGGCUGUCUGACGUACCCCCAGCUCCACUCCAGGUGCUGUGGCUGAGCAGUGAGCGGCGAGCCGGGAGCAGAUGCCGGGGCGGCUCUGGGCGUCGCUCGGGCCUUAGCCGCUGGCCAAAUCUGUCACGGCAGGCUGGUUCACUGCUCAUCUACCAGACCUAUGGGUGUUUAAGCUCCCCUAAGCCUGAGAGGAUCAUGGGUAAUAGAGCUAUAGCCUUUGACGCACUGCAACCCCCUAACCCCCCUUCCCUGCUCUCUGCUGAUACUCCCUUCAGCAAUCUGUGAAAAGCAGUGAUUCCAUGUUGGCCAGAUGGAGAGGAGCUCGCUGGGACGGGAGCCCAGAGCUUUGGUUUCCAUGGUGGACACCAGUUUUAAAAUCUCGCUGCUCCAUUAUAGCAUUUCUUUUUUUUUUUUUAUGUCAUGAGAUUUCACGAGAUUGGUCUAUAUUUCGGUCACGAGCGGAUCGUCUCGUCUCACUCUUCUCUCGAUGUAUUUUAUGGUCACACUGGUAGAUUUUCUCAUAUUUCCACUCUGCCAUCCCCAUUUUGCUCCUCUUCGUCCUCUUUUUAAGAGGAUUUUUUUUUUAGUCUGGUGAUCUAACCCACUUUUAACAGACCUUGUUUUUAGAGCUCCCCAAAAAAUUUUAAAAAGUAAAGUCCAAAUCCCUCUUCGACACCUUCUCAACUGAACUACCACCACCCGCAAAAUGGUUUCUCAGUAAUGUCGAUUAUUUAAAUGGCAUCCAUUCAGCUUGUGCGCACAUAGGUUACAGAAUUGAGAGUGCUUUUGAGUAAGUCGGAGGUAAAAUAGCACAUUAAAAUGCACUAAAUAUGUCAAGUUGAAGUCGUGACAUUUUGUUUUUGAGACGCGAGGAGUCUCUCCUGGAAUGUAUUGCCAAACUCAGGCCUCGGACAUUCAAUAAAUACCCUUGUGGAAAAGUUGUGCAUGUUAAGACAUGAAGCAGGAAGGGAACAGCAGUUUUGUUGUUGUUGUUGUCGUCAAAAGUUGUCAUUGAUUAGUUGAAUUAUUGCCACUUUCACAUUUGAGGUGUUUUUACAUAUUGUAGAAUGUAUUGUAACUGUACAACAAAUGGUAGAGUACAUAACAUUACACAUGGGAAGUGCCAAUAAUUGCUAUCCAGAGGUGUUUUUAGAUGUAUUCCUUUUUGUAUUUCAUCUUUUAACAUGGAUAACGCUUUUUCGUAAGUGAAGCCAUUUGUGAUGGGAGUGUUGGCAAGGACCAAAGUUGUUUUGGUAAAAAAAAAAAAACUUAGUUUCCAUGAUCUGUAAGUGUAGACGUAUCCUUUUGUUUUUUUCUUUCUUUUACUUUUUUCUGUUAUUUUUUUCCUUUUUUUUCUAUUUACCUACAAAACCAGAAAAAAAAAAUAGACAAAAAAAUCCGAGCUUACCCAAGAAGAAAAGCUGUCUAUCUUGUGAUCUCAUGUCAGUACAUCUUUAUCGUGUUCAGUUUCUUUUCCUUGGGUAUGUUGUGAUGAACUGCUGUAAAUUUGUACAGUUCAUGUAAAUUGAUUGUGCGGAAGUUGUACAGAUUUCUAUAUUUUGGAAGAAAAGUUUUUUUUCUCUGUAAUAAAAGAUUUCCUAUCUUGGCAUCAUA